AUGCAGCAACUCAACUCAUCCAACAGCUCACUCACCACUCCAAUCCCAACUGGAAACCUGGUUGCCAGUAUUGUUCUGGCAAUUUGCUUCAUACUGGGAAUCCCUGGGAAUAUCGCUGUAGUGGUACGUCUGGCUGGAUGGCUGAAGGGAGGCAGUUUCACCCCGAGACUGAUGCUAAGCCUGGCCAUAUCAGAUCUGCUCACUCUGCUUUCUCUGCCAGUUUGGAUUUGGUCUCUUCUUCAUGGCUGGGUCUUUGGCGUGGUCCUGUGUAAGCUUCUCUCCUAUUUUGUGUACUUAAGCAUGUACUGUAGCACACUGUUUGUGGUUUUGAUGAGCGUUCAGCGAUAUAUGCAAGUGCUGCAUCCUCAGAAAUGGAACAAGCUUGGCAGGAAAGGAAAGAAGAUCCUCUUGAGUGGAAUUUGGAUCUUAAGUGGAGUACUAUCAUCCUAUGCUCUUGUACAACGCAAUGUAAGAACGAACAAGGAAGGAUGGCUUCUGUGCAAGCAAGGCUACCAGAAUAAUGUUGAAAGAGUGACUAUUUUAAUCUGGGAGAUAAUAUUAUUUGUGGUUUUGUUCCCCAUACUGGCUUACUUCUACUUUCGUCUUCACCGGGGAGUUAAUAACUCAACUUUCUUUAGCAGUAACUUAAAAACAAAGCUGGUGACCAGAAUUGUGGUCUGUUUCUUUAUUUUUUGGUUCCCAAAGAUCAUCUCCAACAUUGUGCUCAUCAUUGCCGUGUUGCUUCGGAAUGACAGUCUGUUAAGAUCUGCAGAAGCUGCUGAGAUUAUUACUACAGCUCUGAUUUUCAUUCACAGUUGUGUGAACCCCUUUCUGUACGCUUUCUCUGCUCGGGCUGUACAGCAGCACGCAACUGGAACAGAAAAUAUUUAAUUCCUUCAUGAUGUCGAGGUUUGAGAGAGUUGAUGGUUUCUUGCUGAUAGCCAGUGACUUGUUGCAUUUUAAAUGGA